AAAAAAAAGAAGAAGAGUUGCUCCUCUCCUCUCCUCUCCUCAUCUCACCACUCUUCUUCUUCUCUCCCUCCUCAGUCUCUCGCCCGCCGGCCGCUCCGAUAGUUGGAAAUGGCUGUCUCGGUAGCAUGCUGCUGUUUCUCGUUCCUAAAUGCACCCGUUAAACUCCAACCUUCACCACUCUGUUUUGUAGCCGCAUCGUCGCCCCGAGCUAAACUAAACCCAGAGAAGAAGAAGAACCUGAAGAGAUUAACAGUGAGAGUGAAAGAAGAGCAAGAUUGUAAUAAUGAUGGAGGAGGCACCCAAACAAUGUCGGCUUUCAAGUCGUCUUUUGGGUCGAAAAAGGAUAAAAAAGACUCCUCUCACCCUUCUUCUGAUUUGAGGAACGAUCCUGCCAAGAUUCAUGAUGCUUCCUUUCUCGACGCCGUUGUAAAGGUGUACUGCACCCAUACAGCGCCUGAUUACUCCCUCCCUUGGCAGAAGCAAAGACAGUUUACCAGCACUGGAAGUGCUUUUAUGAUUGGAGAUGGCAAGCUCUUGACCAAUGCCCACUGUGUCGAACAUGAUACUCAGGUUAAAGUUAAGAGAAGAGGAGAUGAUAGAAAGUACGUGGCUAAGGUUCUACUAAGAGGUGUGGACUGUGACAUAGCUUUGCUCUCAGUCGAAAGCGAGGAUUUCUGGAAAGGAGCUGAACCUCUUCGCCUUGGCCAUUUACCCCGCCUUCAGGAUUCAGUAACUGUCGUUGGGUAUCCUCUAGGAGGAGAUACUAUCUCUGUUACAAAAGGGGUUGUAUCUCGUAUAGAGGUAACAUCAUAUGCUCAUGGAUCAUCUGACCUGCUUGGAAUUCAAAUCGACGCAGCAAUAAAUCCAGGGAAUAGUGGUGGCCCUGCUUUCAACGACCAGGGGGAAUGUAUUGGAGUAGCAUUCCAGGUUUACAGAUCUGAAGAGACCGAAAAUAUUGGAUACGUUAUUCCAACAACAGUUGUUUCUCACUUCUUGACCGAUUAUGAGAGGAACGGAAAGUACACUGGUUACCCUUGCCUUGGAGUAUUGCUGCAGAAAUUGGAAAAUCCAGCUCUGCGGGAGUGCCUAAAAGUGCCUACAAAUGAGGGUGUGUUGGUGCGAAGAGUUGAACCUACAUCUGAUGCAAGUAAAGUCCUCAAGGAGGGAGAUGUGAUUGUAAGUUUUGAUGAUCUACGUGUGGGAUGUGAAGGAACUGUACCCUUCCGAUCAAGUGAACGCAUUGCAUUCCGUUACCUCAUCAGUCAGAAAUUUGCAGGUGAUAUCGUAGAGCUUGGUAUCAUUAGAGCAGGAGAACCUAAGAAAGUUCAAGUUGUUCUGAGGCCAAGAGUGCACCUGGUCCCGUACCAUAUUGAUGGAGGUCAGCCAUCAUACAUAAUAAUUGCUGGUUUGGUGUUUACUCCACUCUCAGAACCCCUGAUAGAGGAGGAGUGCGAGGACACCAUAGGCUUGAAAUUGUUAACAAAGGCACGCUACUCCGUGGCAAGAUUCAGAGGAGAACAAAUCGUCAUCCUAUCACAGGUUUUGGCAAAUGAAGUAAACAUUGGCUAUGAAGACAUGAACAACCAGCAGGUCCUGAAGUUCAAUGGAACUCAUAUAAGAAACAUCCAUCACUUGGCACACCUCAUUGACAUGUGCAAAGACAAGUAUCUGGUUUUUGAGUUUGAAGACAACUAUGUGGCCGUGUUGGAGAGAGAAGCUUCGAAUUCUGCUUCUUUGUGCAUCCUCAAAGACUACGGAAUUCCCUCAGAAAGAUCCGCUGAUCUGCGUGAUCCAUAUGUAGAUCCAGUUGAUGACACCCAGGCACUUAACCAAGGUUUUGGAGACAGCCCUGUGUCAAAUCUAGAAAUUGGCUUCGAUGGACUGGUGUGGGCAUAAGGAAGGGUUCAGAGAAACAAAAAAAAAACCCGCCAGAUGGAAGCUACUGGGAGCUUCUCUCCAUAACCUAUGGGAAAGCUUUCAGCUUCAUACUCAUUCAUAAGGUCUUGACCUGUUCCAAGCUCAGUUCAUUCUUUCUUCAGAUCUCUAGGGACUAGAACUUGAUAGAAAAUUUGCCAUAAGAUUGCUCUCCCUUGUGUUCAGUUGAGUGUAGUAGAACAAUGUCAACAUUUUAUAUUUAGUGUCUGAUUUUGAUGAGAAAUGAAAAUGCAGUAAUUUCUGCUCUCUACAUUUAA